UAGUUUUACCAAAUGAUGGCAUCAAAGAUGAAAGAUCGCAAGAAAACGCCUGUUUCUCAUAAGGUUAUUGAGAAAAGAAGAAGAGAUCGAAUCAACAGAUGUCUAAACGAGUUGGGAAAGACAGUUCCCAUGGCACUGGCUAAACAGAACUCUGGGAAACUGGAGAAAGCUGAAAUCCUGGAGAUGACAGUCCAGUAUUUACGCGCGCUCCACUCGGCAGAUUUCCCGCGCGGGAGAGAAAAAGGAGAACUGCUCACGGAGUUCGCGAAUUACUUCCACUACGGCUAUCACGAGUGCAUGAAGAACCUCGUUCACUAUCUGACCACAGUAGAGCGCAUGGAGACCAAAGACACCAAGUACGCACGGAUCCUCGCGUUCCUGCAGUCCAAGGUCGUUACCGAGCCCGUGUUUGGCGCUUUAGGUACCAUUUCACCUGACCCAACAGACCUUUUGUGCCAGCUGGAGUACCAGAGUCCGAGCCCGACGGAGUCGGUGUUCCAGCAGAGCCCACCCGGACACUUUUCCUGGCACAGUUCGGCACGCAGCCCCACGCUCGCGUACCCAGCAGUUUCUCAGCACACUGGAUACUUGUCACCAGUUCAAGGACUUGAUCAUCAUUACAUGAACCUCAUCGGGCACUCGCACCACAACGCCUUUAGCUUACACAAUGUACAACACGCUGCUCUGUAA